AUGGCCCACCAUACAAUUUCUAUUCCCUGAUGUGGCCCUCAGGCCAAGAAGUUCGCCCACCCUUGGCCUAUGCCAAAUUCCCUGAAUGUAGUAAGCUAUACUGGCAAAAGAACAUCAUUCUUGCGGGACUGUUGUAAGCAAGACACAAGGAACAAUUCUUCUACUCUACUCUGCACUGGUAAGGCCUCAACUGGAACAGAGCGUCCAGUUCUGGGUGCCACAUUUCAGGAAAGAUGGAUAAAUUAGAGUAAUUCCCAAGGAGAGCAACAAAAACUAUUAAAGAUCUAGUAAUCAUGAGGAAAGACUGAAAAACCUGGGUUUAGUCAGUCUGGUGAAGAGAAGAUGAAGGAGGGACCAUCAUAACAGUUUUCAAGUAUAUAAAACUUUGUUACAAGGAGGAGGAUGAAAAAUUGUUCUCAUUAACCUCAGAGAAUGGGCUUAAAUUGCAGCAAGGGAGGUUUAGGUUUCACAUUAGAAAAUACUUCCUGUCAGGAUAGUUAAGCACUGGACAAAAUUGCCUAGGAAUCUUCUGGAAGCUCCGUCACUGGAGGUUUUUAAGAACAGGUUUGACAAACAGCUGUCUAGUUAUUAUUUAGUCCUGCCUUGAGUGCAGAAUCUUUGACUAGAUGACCUAUCAAGGUCCCUUCCAGUCCUUACACUUUUGUUAUUUCAUGUUUUAAGUCCUAGUGUAGACAGGACAACAUGGUAUUUAACGUAUCAGGCAGGGUACAGGGUCAGAUGGAUCCUGGGUCUGCCCCAGUGUGACAAUUCCUACAUGAACCCACAAGGAUUCAGCACAAGAAGCUAACACAUGUUAAGGGUUAAGGCCAGGCCUGAAUCAAGCCAAAGACAAAGGAGAACCAGCUGAGCAGCGGGGACAGCAGAGCAGCUCACAGCAGGAGUUUGCCUGGGACUGGACAGAAGCGACUUUGUCUGUACAAAGUGCAAGCUGGUCUCCAUAUUGCAAGAGAAGAUUGAAGGUCUGGAGCAACAGAUAACGACCCUGCGUUGCAUACGGGAAACUGAGGAUUUUCUGGACAAAACUCAGGAUAGGCUUCUAGGGGCACAAAGCUCUACAGAUACAGAGCAGGUUGCACAGAGGAGCCAAGAGGCCAGUGAAGAAGCUUGGCAACAUGUGACCUCCAGAAGAGGUAAGCGGAAUGUCCGGGUUCCAGUAACACAGACACAGGUAACUAACCGCUUUCAUGUUCUCUCCACAGGUAUCGUUGCAGAGAGCGGACCAGAUGAUAUGUCUGGGGCGAGAAAGCAGAAGGAGACUCCGCUGGUUGGAAGGCAUGAGAUGCGCUGUCCUGAGGUUGGGAGUUCCACGACCACCACUCCCAAGAGGAGAAGGCGGGUGGUGGUGGUCGGGGACUCGCUCCUCCGGGGGACUGAGUCAUCUAUCUGCCGCCCUGACCGGGAAAACCGAGAAGUCUGCUGCUUGCCGGGGGCUAAGAUUCGCGAUGUGACGGAGAGACUGCCGAGACUCAUCAAGCCCUCGGAUCGCUACCCCUUCCUGCUUCUCCACGUGGGCACCAAUGAUACUGCCAAGAAUGACCUUGAGCGGAUCACUGCGGACUAUGUGGCUCUAGGAAGAAGGAUAAAGGAGUUGGAGGUGCAAGUGGUGUUCUCGUCCAUCCUCCCCGUGGAAGGAAAAGGCCUAGGUAGGGAGCGUCGAAUCGUGGAAGUCAACGAAUGGCUACGCAGAUGGUGUCGGAGAGAAGGCUUUGGAUUCUUCGACCAUGGGAUGGUGUUCCAAGAAGGAGUGCUAGGCAGAGACGGGCUCCACUUAACGAAGAGAGGGAAGAGCAUCUUCGCGAGCAGGCUGGCUAACCUAGUGAGGAGGGCUUUAAACUAGGUUCACCGGGGGAAGGAGACCAAAGCCCUGAGGUAAGUGGGAAAGCGGGAUACCGGGAGGAAGCACAGGCAGGAAUGUCUGUGAGGGGAGGGCUCCUGCCUCAUACUGGGAAUG